UGCAGAAGUCUACAUACAUGGCUUCGUCGCUCUACUGUAACCUCGCAGUCCCGCUUCGCAAAUUCAGCAUAAACCCAACAAAGCCCACGUCUCUGUUCCUCUCUUGUUCGGCCGGAAAAAUGAACACCGAUAUCCACCGAGUCCCCGGACUGGACGACGGCGAGAUGGGUUCCGCCGCCGGGAAAGCAUUCGAGAGAUACGCGUCUCGGUCGGCUAAGAGGAUCGGAAAAGGAACCGCUAUUCUCUGGUUUAGGAAUGAUCUCAGAGUGCUCGAUAAUGAUGCUUUGUACAGAGCCUGGGUUUCUUCCGACACCCUUUUGCCUGUGUAUUGCUUGGAUCCUCGUCUCUUUCAGACAACCCAUUACUUUGCCUUCCCCAAAACUGGAGCAUUGAGAGCUGCAUUUCUUAUGGAAUGCUUGGAUGAUCUGAAGAAGAAUUUGAUCAAGAGAGGGCUUAAUCUUCUUAUCCGGAACGGUAAACCCGAGGACAUUAUCCCUUCUCUCGCCAAAGAUUUUGGAGCUCAUACAGUUUUCGCCCACAAAGAAACCUGCAGCGAGGAGCUAAGAGUUGAAAGACUGAUGCAGAAAGCUCUGAGAGAAGCCAGUGGAAGACCCGAGAAUGGGGCUAAACUACAACUCAUUUGGGGAAACACAAUGUACCACAUAGACGAUCUUCCCUUCGCGGCUGUUGACUUGCCUGAUGUCUACACUCAGUUCCGUAAGUCAGUGGAAGCCAAGUGUAGUGUCAGAAGCUGCACUCGCGUUCCAUUCUCUCUCGGGCCAACACCUUCUGUUGACAAUUGGGGAGAUGUUCCAAUUCUUGGUCAGCUCGAUAUUCAGCCACAAGAGGUCAGAAAGGGGAUGAGGUUCGUCGGUGGCGAAACAGCGGCACUAGGCCGAGUUUUCGAGUACUUUUGGAACAAGGAUCUGUUGAAAGUAUAUAAAGAGACAAGGAAUGGGAUGUUAGGGCCUGAUUAUUCGACCAAGUUCUCUCCAUGGCUUGCCCUCGGGUGUAUCUCUCCUCGUUUAAUCUAUGAAGAGGUUAAAAGAUAUGAAAGAGAAAGGAUAGCAAAUAACUCGACAUAUUGGGUAUUGUUUGAAUUGAUAUGGAGGGACUACUUCAAGUUUCUCUCGAUCAAAUACGGGAAUUCUCUCUUCCAUCUUGGUGGGCCGAGAAAUGUGCAAGGAAGAUGGAGUCAAGAUAAGAAGCUUUUUGAAGCUUGGAGAGACGGCAAGACCGGGUAUCCUCUGAUAGAUGCCAACAUGAAGGAGUUAUCUACUACUGGUUUCAUGUCAAAUAGAGGCCGACAGAUUGUUUGUUCGUUUCUCGUGCGGGACAUGGGCUUGGAUUGGCGGAUGGGCGCUGAAUGGUUCGAGACGUGUCUUUUGGAUUACGAUCCAUGUUCCAACUACGGGAACUGGACCUAUGGAGCAGGUGUCGGAAAUGAUCCCCGUGAAGAUCGGUAUUUCAGCAUUCCCAAACAAGCGCAGACGUAUGAUCCGGAGGGAGAAUACGUGGCGUGGUGGUUGCCGCAGCUGCGUCGGCUUCCGAAAGAGAAGAGAAACUCGCCGGGAAUGUCGUAUAUCGACAGAGUCGUGCCCUUGAAGCACGGCGGCGGUGGCGGCCGAGGAACGGCGGCUGGGCCGAGGAGGACGAGCUUCAGAGGGAACCAGAGCGGGAGAGGUUAUAGAAGCAAUGGUCUUUAGUGCCAUGGUUUGGAUUUUGAUUUUGAUUCCUCUAUGGACGUACCAUUUUCUACUAUGGCGAUUGUCAAACAAUUCCGAUUCUAAUUUUUAAUUUAUAUUGGAAACUAAUCAACAUA